GCGACAGACGACAGAAGCACCCCACCAAAUCAUCAAUCGUGUAAAUAAGAGUCCAUUUAAUAUCAUGGCUACAAGCCAGGCAGCCUACGCCGUGGAAAAGGCCAUGGGCCACAAAGACCAGCCGCCACAGGACUCGAUCAUUCAGCAGGAUGUUACCGACUACAGCGGCGAGGCGGGAAACCAGAGCCGGACCAUGAAGGCGCUCGUCUGGCUUAGCAAGAACAAAGUCGAAAUGGCUGACAUGCCGGUGCCCCAGAUCCUGGAGCCUAGGGAUGUCAUCCUCAAAGUGACUGGCAGCACGGUCUGCGGCAGCGACCUGCACCUGUUGCACGGCACCGUCAUGCAGAUGAAGAAGAACGACAUCCUAGGCCACGAGUUCUGCGGCAUCGUCGACCAGAUCGGCCCCGGGGUGAAGAAUAUCAAGGUCGGCAAGCGAUACGUGGCCUCGUUCCAGAUUGCGUGCGGAGAGUGCUUCUACUGCGAGCAAAAGCUCUCCUCCCAGUGCGAGCGCACAAACGCAAACGCGACGCUGCAGGGCAUGUACGGCGGGCAGACGGCGGGCAUGUUCGGCUACUCGCACCUCACGGGCGGGUUCGCGGGCGGGCAGGCCGAGUACGUGCGCGUGCCGCUCGGCGACGUCAACCUGCUCGAGAUCCCCGACGGUGUGCCCGACGAGAAGGCCCUGUACCUGUCGGACGUGCUGCCGACGGCCUACAACGCCGUCAAGGACACGGCCGUGUACCCCGGCGACUCGGUCGCCGUCUUCGGCGCCGGCCCCAUCGGCCAGAUGGCCGGCUUCUUCGCGCUGCACGAGGGCGCCCACGAGGUCGUCUUUGUGGACACGGAGCCGCGCCUGUCGUUCGUCAUGGGCAGCUUCGCGGCCCACGAGGCGACGGAGCGCCGCGUGCGCGCCAUCGACUACAAGGAGCUGGCGUCGGGGGUCACGACAAAGGAGACGGUCGUGAGCAGGCUCAAGGCCAUGUGCAAGGACGGCAGGGGCCCCGACGUCGCCAUCGACUGCGCCGCGGGCGAGUACGCAAAGGGGUGGGCGCACUGGCUCGAGAUGGCGGUCGGGGCCGAGACGGACACGAGCGAGAUCAUCAACGAGAUGGUCGAGGGCGUGCGGAACUAUGGACGCGUGGGCCUGACGGGAGUUUAUGUUGGCUAUACCAACCACUUUAACGUCGGCUCCCUGAUGCAGCGUGGCAUCCGCCUGAUCGGCAACGGCCAGGCGCCCGUCCACAAGUACUGGCACGAGCUGCUCGAGCGUGUGCAGAGCAAUGACAUUGACCCGUACCAGAUGCUCUCGCACCGCGUCCGGCUCGAGGACCUCGACAAGGUGUACUACAAGUUCGAAAAUAGGGAGGACGCUAUGCAGAAAGUCUUUGUUGAGACCAAGUGGUCCCUUCCGCGGGCAGAGGGUACGCCCCAGCUAACGACGUACUAGGCGCGGGACAUGAAAGGGGGAAUAUUGCACGCGAGAGGUGUAUGUACUCUUCAAAUGACACUAUUUUAUCUUGAAACAACAAGAAAGGAAUCCAUUGCGAGUGGGAAAAUACACUGGUGUAUCAACAAUGAGG